GGAGGAGGUGGUUUUUAGAGGAUCUCCGCUCAGCCAACUCCACGGCGUGUUUGAGAAAAAUGAAACAUGGAUGAGGGGUUCGCCGAAAGUCGGGAGGAAGCUGCCCAUUGUGGGAAAUAGGACAACAUCCAACCAAGAAGCGACUCUAAGACCUGAAUGAUGUUCCUGGCCCACCAACCAAGUCGUUCACUGUUUGCCAAAGCUUGAUCAAAAAUGGUCCUGGUGGAAGGGAGGCUGCCAUAAAACAAGUUUUAAAGACGCAAAACAGGGAGGAAAAAGGAAAUGGAAAAACGGUUAGAAGAGAAGCUUCGCAUCAGCCAGAGAGAAAAGGAGGCCAGUAACUCCGCUCGAUCACCAUUAAAGACCACCAUGGUGAUCCAGGACAACUCUAUACCAGCAGGACCCCCGCCUCAGAUCCGCAUUUUGAAGCGACCAGCAAGUAACGGGUCAUUAGCGUCGUCCAUGAACCCAAACAGGCCCACUCCGCAGGUCAAGUCUCUGGCCCAGCGCGAAGCGGAGUAUGCGGAGGCCAGGAAACGAAUACUGGGUAGUGCCUGCCCAGAGGAGACUCCUCAGGAAAAGCCCAACACUGACAGGCCAGUGCGCAAUAAUUCCACAAUGCCUUCAGAGGACACCAGAUCAAACAAUCACACUGUCCGCCAGCCCGCCGGCCCAGACGGCACCCAGGGGUUCCGCCAGCACAGAUAAGCGGGUCCCUGGGACGCCCAAGCCACGGAGGGGAGGGGAAGAGAGAGAUUAAGAGCCACCUGAGAUCAAACUCAGCACCGUAUUCUGUAAACUUCCUCCCUUCGCUUCCCUCAUAUCAGCCUGCUGGCGCGGCUCUACCCCCUCUUCCCCUUUUUCACUCUCUCAGCCGGGCGGCGAAUCGAGCUACUCCAGCAGGAAGUGCGAGCUGAAGUGUGCUCUUCUCUCUCUCCUCCUUGCUCAUGUUUAUUUGGCACUGUGAUUAUGGACUUAUUCUGGACUCACUGUGAUGAUCCCGGCCCCUUUAAGAGACACCCCUGAGCCUCCAUCCUUUUUGUUUAGUUUUUUCUGUGUGCUGUCUGUCUAGGGAUGUGUAAAAAAAAAAAAAAAGCAGAAGCAAAGACUCGAACUUGAGCAGUUUAAGGAUGAGGUGAAACGAGGGGUCAUAUCGAAACUAAAUCGGCUGGUUCUUGUACAGCAGCUUCUUCCCAGCAAUAAUAGCAGACGUUUUCUUUUCCUUUCUUUUUAAUCACUUGCACAUAAGGCGUGCACUGAUAUCAGUUGAAUACAGUUCUUAACACACCGCUAAGCCUGUUUAUCGAAACAGUGUUAGAUUUUUAACUUUAAAACAGGAAUUGAGAAUCCUAUUCCUCCACCGUCUCAUCUGGUGGUAAAAUCGAAGCCGAGAUGCUGAGAACGGUUCAAAAAUAUCAGUGCACAAUCUUGUAUUAAAAGAAACUGCCAUUUAUUUUUAAAAUCAAAGGUCAGGGGUUACGUGUGUCAAGUUAUGUACAUGGCAAGUUUUUUGUUUACUUUUUGUAAGCUUUUAGCCGUCUUCCUUCGCAUACUUUCUAUUUAAGAGUAAGAUGGAAUGACAAGGAGAGAAUGGAUCCAAGUCGGGUUUCAAGUAGCUUUUCUGCCCUUUUUUAUAUGAAAUGACAGCAUUAUAAGAGCAGUAUUUAAAUAAACCAAGAGGCCCCCUUUAAAAAAAACAAAACAAAAACGUUUUUAUGAUUUGAAAAAGGUGUUGGCAGGAAUCCUAGUGACAUUUUUAAACACAUUUUACUGCUGUCCUGUUUCCACCCAGUCAGUGACGUUUCUUCACAGCUUCCUACGAAGUAAAACUUAGGAACUCAGGUCCUUGUGAAUGAGACUGAAUGAAUGAAAUGAACGAAGAUUGUAUUUUUCCAGCGGGGUUUGUUUUCUCGGAAGACUAAUGUACGUAUUUAACUUAUGGUCCGCACUUAAAAGCGGUGCUCUGUCGAGCUUAAUGCAACAGGAGGGGGAAAAAAAAAAAAAAAAAGAGUUGCUGUCUCAAGGAAAGUCAUUGUAUUUUUAAAAAAUUUUUUUUUAAUGUUUCCAUCUUGGUGUCGGACGCUGUAGGACGAUGAUCGACUGCUAUAACAGAGCGGCACAGCAGGUUGUGAACCGGAGAACAGGACCGUUGUGCCCAGUAACAUGUUUUUUUCUCACCUUUAAUUGUCCAGAGGAGAUCUCAAAGCCAUGCGACAUCAUCAACACAAAGACUUGUAAUGGGUGAAUUCAGCUUGUGCCUCCUGGAUCACAUCUUUACUUCCUAGUUGUUGAUUUUUUUUUUUUUAUUAUUAUUCCUUUUUGGUUUUUAAAAGAAAAAUGAGUAUAUUUAAAGGGGGGAAUUCUCAAUAUAAGAGAUUUUAGUUGAGGAAAAACAAUCUAGUGGCAGAGCAGGAACAGGAAAUACAAACUGCCUGUAAAUACUGAUUUAAUAAAAUGAUUUACUUAAAAUCA